GUAAAUUUUCCCAAUAAUUAUUUUCCAGAUUAUGUCUAACUCUGAAAGAUCAAUGCAGCCUUGCCUUUAAAGUCAAUCUAUCCAUUCUAAUGUGCUCUAUGUGCCCAAAAUUACUUGGAGUACUACAGGAAUGCUCUAAACAAGACAUUGUAUAUCUGUGAAGUAACUUUUAAUCCCCCUUGUUGAAGUACAGCACAGAAUAGGCCCUUUUAGCCAAGCUGGCCAGCAAUUUCUCAAUGUAAUCCUAUCCUAGUGUCUUGUUUAGAACAUUCAACAUUCUUAGGCUUCUUCUCCCUUCCUUUCUAGUCCUGAUCAAGGGUCUCAACCCGAAAUGUUGACUCUUUAUUCCUUCCUAUAGAUGCUGCCAGACCUGCUGAGUUCCUCUGGAGUUUUGUGUGUGUUACUCUAGAUUUCCAGCAUCUGCAGAAUUUCUUGUGUUUAUGAUUUGCCACAACUUUUUCUAUUUAGUCAAUCUGUCAGUUCCCUACAAUUUCCCUAUAAAGUGCUGUCAUUCAUACUGUUUGAUAUGUGACUUACCUUUGUGUCAAUAGCAUAUGGCUUAUUUUCUAUCACCAAGAUCACAUACAAAAAAAAUAACAUUUUGCCAGUAUAAGAUUCAGUGUUUUUCCAAAGUGAAUAAAAGCUUCAUUAUUUUUCAGGAUCAAGAUAACCCUGGUAAAAGUCAAUAUAUUUUGUUAGGCCUUGAUUGCCCAUGAGCAGGAGGUGACAAGGUACCUUUGUAAUCUACUACAGUCCUUCAGUACCACUAUGCUGUUGGGCAGGGAAUUCCAGGAAUGACAUUGUUUCCAAGUCCAGAUUGUGACCAUGAGACAUAGGAACCCACCUAUAGAUUCUGCUCCACCACUGUAUCAUGGCUGAUUUAUUAUCCCUCUUAACCUGCCUUCUCCUGUAGCCUUUUAUGUCCUGACCAAUCAAAAACCUAUACCCUUCUGCUUUAAAUGUGCUCGAUGACUUGGUCUUGACAACUGCCAGUGGCAAUGCAUUCCAUAGAUUCACCAUCCUUCUCAUCUCCAUUCUAAAUGAACGUCCCUCUAUUCUGACACUUUGCCCGCUGGUCCUAGACCCCCCCACUAUAGGAAGUAUCCUCUCUACAUGCACUCUAUCUAGGCCUUUCAAUAUUUGUUAAGUUUCAAUGAGAUCCCCCCUCAUUUGUCUAAACUCCGGCAAGUCAUCAAACAAAAGCCAUCAAACACUCCUCAUAUGUUAACCCUUUCAUUCCCGGGAUCAUUCUUGUGGACCUCCACUGGAUCCUCUCCAAUGCCAGCACAUCUUUUCUUCGAUUAAGGGCUCACAAUACGCCAACUGUGGUGUGACAAAUGCCUUAUAAUGCUUCAGCAUUACAUCCUUGCUCUUAUAUUCUAGUGUUGUGGAAGUUAAUGCUAACAUUGCAUUUGCCUUCCUUAGCACUGAUGCAACCUGCAAGUUAACCUUUAGGGAAUCCUGCACAAGGACUCCCACAGUUUGAGGAGGAGUGUGGCAGGUGCUCUUGAAAUUGUCUACCCAGGAGUUUGUGCAUUCUCCACAUUGCUCCAGAUGCUCGUCCUACAUUCCAAAAAGACUUGCAGUUAGGAUUAGAGAGUUGUAGACAUGUUACAUUGGCAUUAGAGACGUGGUGGCAAUUGCAGGUUCCCACACAAUGCAUGCUGAUUUACACAGAAACAUAGAAAACCUACAGCACAAUACAGGCUCUUCAGCCCACAAUACUGUGCCGAACAUGUACUUACUUUAGAAAUUACUUAAGGUUACCCAUAGCCUUCUAUUUUUCUAAGCUCCAUAUACCUAUCCAGGGGUCUCUUAAAAGACCCUAUUGUAUCCACCUCCACCCACCGUCACCGGCAGCCCAUUCCACGCGCUCACCAUUCUCUGCGUAAAAAACUUAUCCCUGACAUCUCCUCUGUACGUGCCUCCAAGCUCCUUAAAACUAUGCCCUUUCACGUUAGCCAUUUCAGCCCUGGGAAAAAGUCUCUGACUAUCCACAUGAUCAGUGCUUUUCAUCAUCUUAUACACCUCUAUCAGGUCACCUCUCAUCCUCCAUCGCUCCAGUAAGACAGGCCAAGUUCACUUGACCUAUUCUCAUAAGGCAUGCUCCCCAGUCCAGGUAUAACAUGUGAAGUACUCAUGAAUACUCCUUUCUUGUCUCCAUAAACGAAAGCUAGAAGAAAAGAAAACUAAACGGUGCAUGGAAAGAAAGGAAGCGUUUGGGAAAGAGCAGUGUUUGUUGGUCACCAUGGAUCUGAAGAAGCAUUUGGAAGAGAGCGAGAAAAAUUGGAGCAUGGAGAAGAUGGAAUUACUGAAGUGCUUUGAUAAUGAAAGAAAGGAAUGGGAAUGUCAGCUGAAGGAUAUGCAGAGGAAGAUAGAGCAGAUUUACUGGGAUGUAAAUUCAAGACAAGAAUGUAAAUUACAUGGACAAGGACAAAGAAAAAGCAGAAGAGAUGACUGGGUCCCUACAGAUCAAGGCAUGGAAAAGAAUAGAAAUAACUCAUUGUUCAUAGAAGAACUAUCACUUGAAAGUUUUAAAAAAGGUGGUCACGGUCAAAAUGUGGGAAGUACGGAGAAUGAUAAGAACUGCUGCAGUGCAUUGAAUGCAGCUUUACAAGAAAUAGCAAAAGUAAGUGAAGAACUAUGCAGUUAUCAGGAGGAAGUCCAGAAAAAAAUGAGCACCAUAAGACAAAAGCCCUAUCCGUAUCUGCAAGCAUGCCAAGAGAAAAGUAAUGGAAGUGAAUUAUUAAUAAAUGAAACCUCUUCAGAUGAGAAAAACCACAUGCCAAAUGAUACAUUUAAAGCAUUUCAGCCUAUACUUUCUCGACAUCAAAAACGUUCUGAAGAUCUACAUAGUGAGAUAAACAGGAAUCACUUCACCUGGGAUAAAUUUGAAAUUUCUGCUGGGCCCUCAGGAGGAAAUGGUGUAAAUGAUACUUCUCUCACAAGAGGAAAAGCUCCACCAAUCCCACCAAGGACAUCCUCAUUGUAUCUUGCAAGUACAUUCUUGGUAUUUUCACAGGAUCAUGAGGAUGCUUUGAAGGAGGGUAACAGUAAUUGUGAAAUACACAGUCGUGUUGCAAGAAAAAGUUGUACUGGCCCUCAUGAAGCAAUGCUACAGAAUCAAGGGCUGAAGGUUCUGAAAGAUGGAAGGGAUUUUAAAACAUCAGCACCAUUUAUUGGAUAUGACACAGGUCCUAAGGGCAGUGAGGAUAAUUGCAGCCAGGUAUCAUGUGAAGCAACUGACUUAGUAACUGAAAGCCAAUAUAUUGGUUCAAAAAUACAGUUGUCUUCAGAUAAAAACCAAGUGUUACCUAUGCAAGAGAAAAAACAAGGUAAAAUAUUGAGGCCAAGAAAAUCUCUGCCUCAGAAAACUAAUCGAAUAGAGAAUAACUUUCGAAGGUCUUCAAAGGCAACAGAAAUUUUCAAUACCAGUAGCAUGCAUCUGUGGUCUGCAAAGGAUGUACCAUCAGGACAAGAUGAUAGCCUCAACACCUUGAGCACCAAAAGUCGUGACUCUGAUGCAUGUGGAAAAUCUGUGGUGCAGUAUGCAACAACUCCUGGCCAAGGAUCUAGCAUUGAAAUUCAUUCUGAAAGUAAUGUCCAUGCAACCAGACAACUUCCUUUAAAUAUUGCAGUUUAUGCAGUUAAACCCCGUAAGCCACUGUCUAUCACCAGUGUAAAAAUAGAUGAGCCAAAGCAUUGCCAUGGACUUCCUUGUCAGAUGGCGGAUAACGAUAAAAGGCACAUGCUUGACAAGGUUGACGUGAUUUCAGAUCAUUUUUCCAAUCCAACACAUUUAAGGGAUGCAUGGUUGAAUUUUGAUUUCGGUCACACAACAUUGAGGAACGAUGAAAGAUCACCAAAUCCUUCCUUUCAAGUGAAGAAUGAAGUUGUGUGUUUUGCAGAUGGUACAAAGCAACACACAUCUUGUCCUGUUGCAUUGCAUGGAAAUUCAAAUAGGAUUUCGCACCCUUUUCAAAUGGUUCACCCGGAUCAAGAAAAGGAGUUGAAGAAACAAUCACAACAAUCCCAGGGGGUCUCAGGGCAGCAACUUUCAUUACCGAUGACUUUGUUGCCUGUGACAGUGAGAUUGAACGAGAGGAGUUUCUCCCGUCCUGCUAGACCACAAAACCGGCGAUUACCUUCACGAUGGGCAACACGGUCACCAGCUGCACAUAAGUGGCCUUCACAGAAAUGCAAUCAAGCUUUCCGUUUUGAUAUAAAAACCUCAGCAAUAUAAUGUGUUACAAGCCCCUUACAAAUUAACAGAUAUUAUAAUGGCUUUCUUAAAUAAUGCUACAGUUCAUUCCUAUAAAAAUUUCUGCAGUAUAUAUCCUUCAACUAGUCUCAACAUACAAAAAUAAAUUGUUGAAAUUAUGAUUGGUAGUCUCCAGUAAUUACUGUAUAUUGACUGUCAUAAUCUAAACAUUUUGCAUAAUUUUCAAUUAACUUAUGUCAUAACAAAUCGUUUCCAAUAUUUAAUAAUUUUCCAUCCUAUUAAAUAAUUCAGUGUUAUUAUUUUACAAAUGUUUACUAUAACAUUCUGUAUUUUGUUGCAAACUUGUAUAUCAGCUGUAUUCUAUGAAGAGCAGAGAGCUCAGUUAUUUGCAUGCAAAUGUGUUUGUUUAUGCAUGAAUAGUUGAUGCUGUGUCUUUGGGCAUUUAGGGGACAGUUGGCAUCUAUAGUAUAUGUUCAUGGUGAGCAGCAGUCUAAUUAUAGAAAGCAGGUUUUUAUUUCAAUUCAAAAUAUGUGGAAGUAUAAAAUAAAGCAAGAAGACUGUCUCAUUAAGUUUAAGUAUGACUUAAGGCAGUUUGAAGAAUAAAAUGUUGGUCUUAUUAAACCUGUUUUCAUCUGUAAAAAAAAGUAAAUGUACAAUAUUAAAAAUAAAGCUGACUAGUUCUGGUA